GGGAAGAGCUUCAUCUCGAGCUCAGAGUUCAUCAAGCACCAUCGCAUCCACACGGGAGAGAAGUCCUUCACAUGCCUGGAGUGUGGGAAGAGCUUCAUCUCGAGCUCAGACCUCAUCAAGCACCAACGCAUCCACACAGGGGAGAAACCCUUCAAGUGCCUGGAGUGUGGGAAGAGCUUCAUCUCAAGCUCACACUGCAUCAGGCACCAACGCAUCCACACAGGAGAGAAGCCCUUCAAGUGUCUGGAGUGUGGGAAGAGGUUCAACAGGCACUCACACCUCAUCAGGCACCAACGCAUCCACACAGGAGAAAAGUCUUUCAAGUGCCUGGAGUGCAGGAAGAGCUUUGUAACAAGCACACACCUCCUGCGGCACAGGUUGAUGCACACCAAGGAGAAGCCCACACGCCUCCUGCGGCACAGGUUGACGCACACCAAGGAGAAGCCCUUACGCUGCACCACGUGUGGGAAACGCUUUGUGACACAUUCUUGCCUAAUCAACCACCAAUGCCUUCACACAGGAGAGAAGCCUAUUUUCUGCCCCCACUGCAAGAAAAACUUCAGCCAAAAGUGUCACCUCUCGAGGCAUCAGCGAGACUUACGCAAAG